CGUUUGGUCAGUUGCACCUUCUGGGUCACUGGUAGCCGCGGGAGCCGGGUGGGGCCUAGGCGAUGAUCCGGCAUUAAGGAGCUGGGGUCAUCCUCCGUCUCAGGUGGUUUGGGGAAAGUCUAGGGGCAACCAAAGAUCAUCUGCUUGACUAGGCCCUUUGCCCUGAACCUCAUGAAGAAAUGAUAGGAGGCAGACAUAUGUGCCUAAAAAGAGCGUUGAGCUCAGAGAAGAGCAACUCGGAGCUUUGGGGGUGUGCUUUGAGUUCCAUCAGAUGCAGGAGUUUGAACAUCUUUUAUUGCUUACAGUAACUUAACUUUAUAGCUGAAGACUUUGUGUGUGUGCUAGUGAAACUCAUGCCGGAACGUGUGAUUCUGUCUUAGUAAAAGUAUGUAAUCCUAGUGGGGGAUUUGUGUACAUCAAUGGCAGAAUCAUCCAGCGAAUCAGAUCACUUUCGCUAUCGUGACCGAUUGAGUCCAUGGGCUGCCAGAUCAACUCACAGGGGAACUCGAAGUCUUCCUACAGUAGAAGUUACCGAGAAGGUCAACACUAUAACAAGUACCUUACAGGAUACCAGUCGGAACCUGCGACAAGUGGACCAGAUGCUUGGACGAUACCGAGAAUACAGUAAUGGACAGGCGGGUGCGAUAGAACAUUUAAAAGAAAGCUUGGAACAAUCAAUCGACCAACUCCGGAGUCAACGUUUAUUGAGAAACUCAGGAGGGAGAAGUAUUUCUGUUACAAGUUUGAGUGCAAGUGACCUUGAUGGUGGCACUGGGCCAGAGAGCCAUCGUUUUCCACCUACCUCACCUCUCAAGGACUAUGGGGAUCCACUGGGUAUUAAACGAAAUACCAGAUCAAGAACUGGUGUCCGCUUUGUUCAAGAGACUGAUGAUAUGACUCAGCUUCAUGCUUUUCAUCAGUCUCUUCGAGACCUCAGCAGUGAACAAAUUCGCCUUGGAGAUGAUUUCAACAGGGAGCUUUCCAGAAGGAGCCGGUCGGAUGCCGAAACAAAAAGGACUUUGGAAGAAUUGACUGAAAAACUUAAUGAAGCCCAGAAACAAGAAGUGGUUUCAGAUCGGGUGGAGCGGCGGCUUCAGGAACUAGAGAGAGAGAUGCGCACAGAAAGGGAGCUGGUGGAAAGACGCCAGGAUCAACUGGGACUCAUGUCCCUGCAGCUACAGGAGGCACUAAAGAAACAAGAAGCUAAAGCAGAUGAGCAUGAGGGGGCAAUAAAAAAUAAGCUAAUACAAACUGAAACUGAGAAGAAUCAACUUGAACAGGAAUUGGAGCUAUCUCGAAAGUUAUUGAAUCAAUCUGAAGGCAGCCGAGAAACACUUUUGCAUCAGGUAGAAGAACUGCGUGCACAACUUACGAUAGCAGAGGGUGAUCGAAAGGGUUUACAGCAUCAAGUGUCUCAGAUUUCCAAGCAACAGUCAAACUAUCAGGAUGAACAAGGGGAGGACUGGAGAUUUAGGAGAGGGGUUGAGCGGGAAAAACAGGACCUGGAGAAGCAAAUGUCAGAUUUGAGAGUGCAGCUGAACUUCAAUGCAAUGGCAUCUGAGUUAGAGGAAGUGAAACGGUGCAUGGAGAGAAAAGACAAGGAGAAAGCACAUUUGGCAUCACAAGUAGAGAUUUUAACACGUGAACUGGAGAAUGGGGAAAAACAGCAACUCCAGAUGUUGGAUCGACUUAAGGAGAUCCAGAAUCACUUUGACACAUGUGAGGCUGAGCGUAAGCAUGCUGACCUUCAAAUCUCAGAGCUGACUCGCCAUGCAGAGGAUGCAACCAAGCAGGCUGAGCAGUACCUCAGUGAGCUCCAGCAGUCAGAGGCCCUGAAAGAGGAGGCGGAGAAGAGGAGGGAAGACCUGAAACUGAAAGCUCAAGAAUCCAUUAGGCAGUGGAAGCUUAAACAUAAGAAGUUAGAGCGAGCGUUGGAGAAACAAUCUGAAACAGUUGAUGAACUGACAGGCAAGAAUAAUCAGAUUUUAAAAGAAAAGGAUGAAUUGAAAACCCAGAUGUAUGCAGCAUUACAACAAAUAGAGAAUCUUCGAAAGGAAUUGAAUGAUGUCCUAACAAAGCGUGCCCUUCAGGAGGAGGAGCUUCACUCCAAGGAGGAGAAACUACGUGAUAUUAAAUCUCAUCAAGCUGACCUUGAAUUGGAAGUUAAGAAUUCCCUGGAUACCAUCCAUAGACUGGAAAGCGAAUUGAAAAAGCAGAGUAAGAUCCAAAGCCAAAUGAAAGUUGAGAAAGCUCACUUGGAGGAAGAAAUUGCAGAGCUCAAGAAGAGCCAGGCCCAGGACAAAGCUAAACUUCUUGAGAUGCAAGAGUCCAUCAAGGACCUGAGUGCCAUCCGAGCAGAUCUUGCUAAUAAAUUGGCCGAGGAAGAAAGAGCCAAGAAAGCAGUGCUUAAGGACCUUUCUGACCUCACUGCACAGGCAAAAUCCAGGGAUGAAGAAACAGCUACAGUCAUCACACAGUUAAAGCUGGAACGAGAUGUGCACCAGAGGGAGCUGAAAGAUCUCACAUCAUCAUUGCAGAGUGUGAAAACAAAACAUGAACAGAAUAUCCAGGAGCUUAUGAAGCACUUUAAGAAAGAAAAGAGUGAGGCUGAGAAUCAUAUCAGGACACUGAAGGCUGAAAGUUUAGAAGAGAAGAAUAUGGCUAAAGUUCAUCGUGGUCAGCUGGAUAAAUUGAAAUCACAGUGUGACAGACUGACAGAGGAAUUAACCCAGAAUGAAAAUGAGAACAAAAAACUGAAGCUAAAAUAUCAAUGUUUGAAGGAUCAACUAGAAGAAAGGGAAAAACAUAUAAGCAUUGAAGAAGAGCACUUAAGGAGGACCGAAGAGGCCAGAUUGCAGCUCAAGGAUCAACUUCUUUGCUUGGAGACUGAACAGGAAUCCAUUCUUGGUGUGAUAGGAAAGGAAAUUGAUGCAGCCUGCAAAACAUUCUCCAAGGACUCAAUGGAGAAAUUAAAAGUUUUUUCAUCUGGUCCUGAUAUACAUUAUGACCCACAUCGCUGGUUAGCAGAAAGCAAGACUAAACUUCAGUGGCUCUGUGAGGAACUGAAAGAGAGAGAAAACAGAGAGAAAAAUCUGCGACACCAGCUGAUGCUCUGCAGACAACAAGUCAGGAAUGUGACUGAACACAAGGAAUCUGAGCUGCAGUGUCUCUUCCAACAGAUAGAAAGGCAGGAGCAGCUUUUGGAUGAAAUACACCGUGAGAAGAGAGAUCUACUGGAAGAGACCCAAAGAAAAGAUGAAGAAAUGGGAUCUCUGCAGCCGAAGCUACUGUUUAAACUUCCACCUUGGGAAGAUGCUAGUCAGACUGCAGUGAGAAAUCAGAGUGAAGCUCAAUUGGAAGAAAAAGCAGACCGUGUAAUUGCAUUAGAAACGAGUACCCGAGUGGCCUUGGACCAUCUGGAGUCUGUGCCUGAGAAACUGAGCCUACUAGAAGAUUUCAAAGACUUCAGAGAUUCCUGCAGUUCAUCUGAGAGAACUGAUGGAAGAUACUCUAAAUACAGAGUUCGCAGAAAUUCUCUUCAGCAUCACCAAGAUGACAUCAAGUACAGAACCAAAAGUUUCAAAAGUGACAGAACCUUUCCAGAAGGUUCCCACACUCAUGGGUUAGAUCACUCAUCGUCUUGGCAGGAUCACAGUCGCUUCCUGUCUAGUCCAAGAUUUUCAUACAUGAACUCAUUUACCAAAAGAACUGUUGCUCCAGAUUCAGCUUCAAACAAGGAAGAUGCCACAAUGAAUGGAACAAGUUCACAAUCCAAAAAAGAGGAAUAUGAGAGCUAAAAAAACAAAUAGGGUGUGUUAAAUAGUAUUUCCAGGAAACGAAGGAUGGAAGGCAGCUGUCAACCACACUACACUGCUUAAAUCUCAUGGAGCCUUGAUGGUGCGUCAGGUUUUGCUAUGCCUAUCUUCUCUGUGACCCAAGAGAGGGAACAAAGAGCAGCCAGGUGGGGUUAGAUGCUGGGGGCUUAAGCAGUAACUGACUCCAUUUUCUGUUUCUACACUCCAGCCAAUGCCAAGCAAUUUUUUUAAAAAAAUUUAAAUACUUUUCUGCCCUAUCAAAUACAGGGUACACUCUACUGAAAGAAGGCUCUGCUAGUAAAAAUUGUUUUUUGAUUCAAGCAGAGAAAAAGGGGGAAAACCGUGGGUGUCAGAUGAAGCUGAAGGGAAGUGUCCAGGAAGAGAGGGAGGAAUGGGGAGCUUUUUUUUUUGAGUGUUCUAUUAAAAUGUGUGAGUGGAAGUUGGGGGUGGAUUUCAUGAGUAAAUAUGGAAUUUUGCUACCAAAUUCUUUCCUCCAGAGCUAAUAUUCUCAUGGGAUAUUAAUAUUAAUACAAGGAAAAAGGCCCUGGGUGAAGAAAAAUUAUUUUCCCCUUCAGGGGCAGAGUUCUCUCAGGAUGACUGUGAGGUUAAAGAGUUCCAGAAACUACUAGUAGAACUUUAAGCACACUAUCAUUAACAGACAGAAAAACAGACUAUGACCUAUUGGAUUCUUUUUGGAAAGUAGAAAAGAGGAACCUGGUAAAAUCAGCCAAAGCAAGGACCUUUCCCUCCCUCCUUAGAACUUGCUAAGCUUUCCAUAGUGUGUGGGCCUUUUAGUUAUACUCAUUAUUCAGGCCUAAUUCAGGUCAUCAAAAUAGAAAUGCAUGGGACAAGUGACUGACAUUACUGCAUCAUGGUUUAGAUAUAUAGAUAACAUGGGGAGGUGCUUUACAUUUUACAAAUUUGAUCAUAUUUCUUUUAUUUAUAGUUUCUCUGAAUCAUUCUUUUGGAACAUUCUAAAAGAGCCAGAGGAAAAAAAAUGGAAGUUUUUCUCAAUCAACUUGACUUAGUGGAUAGCUAAAUGUCCAGUUUCAAAAGCUUAUCCUUUUGAAAUACUUUUUUAUUAAUAAAAGCCCAAAGAAACCUUAAUAUGGGCCACAUAACUAUAAUGUAAUUUUUCCAAGGUGGGAAAGGCUAUAAUACUGUACUAUUAGAAUAUAUGGAUUUUCAUAAGAGCAGCUGUUGUUUCACUAAGGUUUACAUUAUUUUAGGUCCUAGUUUUCUGUUUGGAGGUAUGUUAAUGAGUUCCUUGUAUAAUUUAUUCCCAUUCUCUAUAUUUCUGAUUCUUACUUGUAUGAUGUGAUUUAUAUUCAUUGUUUUGAUGUGAUAGGAAUGCCAACAAUGUGCCUUUGGUUUUCUUAUGCUUAAAAAUAAUAAUAAUAAUAAUAAACAUUAAAUGUA